AUGCAGAAGCAGGGGUGCUGCCAGGCCCCCAGCUCCAGCUGGCCCGUGGCCGGGCUUCGUGGCAGGCUACUUAAGGCUGCCGCGCCGCCCGCCGCCCUGCUGGCCGCUCCUGCUGGCCGGGCACCGCGGGCGGCCAUGGACGUGCAGGUGCCCCUGUGGCACCACUACCUGCAGGCCAUCCGCUCGCGGGGCGGCCCGCGGGCCCAGGCCUUCCAGGGCGCGGAGAACACGUUGCUGACGGUGCUGGAGCAGGCGUGCCGGCGUGACCCCCGCUUCCUGGUGGACUAUGGCGACCCGCAGGCCUUCCAGUUCGCCCUGCGCUCCUCGGGCGACCCCCUGCCCGUGGAGGUGCCCCUGUGCCUGGACGCCGAGGCCCUGCUGGAGGAGCGGGCCCCGGGCGGGGACGACCUCACGCUCUGCCGCCUGGGCGUCCCCCACGGCGUCGCCGGCCUGGAGCCCUGGACCCGGGACGACGUCUUCAGCGCCUCCGAGGCCGGGGGCCAGUGCUGCGGCCACAUCGACCCCGGGAAGGUCCUGAGCGUCCUGCGGGAGCUGCUGGUGGCCGCCAUCGUGCACUGCAGGCACCACGGCCUCAUCCCGCCAGGCUCCCUGAGCGCCGCUGGGCUGCAGGAGGAGGGGCCGCGACUGACCGUGCUGGUGUCCAGCGGCUGGAGGACCAUCUGCUUCCACGUGGUGCCCACGGUCCGGAGGAGCACCCCGGACUUGGCCCUGGCCGGGGGCCACCCGCUGCCCGGCUUCCCCGAGGGCCUUGUGAGGAGGAUCUGCAGCCAGGGCGAGUCCCUGGUGCCCGCCAGUGCCCGGCUCUGGAGGCGUUGUUCUGACCGACUGCUCAGUGCCCUGCUCAGAGCACUGGGCUCGCUCCAGGGCCACCGGCUGGACAGUCUCUCCAUCCUGGACCGCAUCAACCACGAGCACUGGCGGGAUGGCGGCAGGAGCCCGGGCCUGACCUUCUCUCACCUGAAGCUGGUGCUGCUGUGGGCGGCCGCGCUCUUCCCGGCGCCUGAGGACUGGGCGGAGCUGCAGGGCGCCGUGUACCGCCUGCUCGUGGUGCUGCUGUGCUGCCUGGCCACGCGCAAGCUGCCCGGCUUCCUGCGCCCCGAGACCAACGCGCUGGGGGACGCGGGCCUGGACCUGCAUGCGCUGUACCAACGCGCAGAGCACUUCGCCAGCCAGCCCGAGGCCGCGCUGCGGAUCCACGUCACCCACCUGGGCCGCAGCCCCCCGCCGCGCCUCACCUCGGGGGUCAAGGCCCUGCUGCAGCUGCCCGCCAGUGACCCCUCCUACUGGGCCACCGCCUACUUCGACAUGCUGCUGGACAAGUUCCAGGUGUUCAGCAUCCAGGACCAGGCCCGGCUCUCAGCCAUGCACAGCAUCUUCCGCAAGACCAGGAGCGUGCGAGGGGGCGGCGAGGAGAGCUGAGCGUGGGCCCACUGGUUCCUGCCCGCCCCAGGCUGCCCG